GUCAAAUAUUUCAUUUCUUUGAUUCACGACGAUGUUUUCCAUAGUAAUUUAGUAAUCGUUUAAGGAUUUUACGUUUAGCGAAUAAAUAUUUAUAAAAUGAUUUCCUUGUUUUGAAACUAUUUCACAUGUUUAGCUUGAAAUAUAAGUAGAUUACAAAUGUAGAGAAUACAGUGUUUAUGUUAUAAUUUACAAUGGACGGACCGAAUAGCUUUGUCGCACUCACAUCGGCAUUGACGAGUCAUAACAAUGAUACGAAACAAAACCCUUCCUCCAUGAAAGUUGAUAGAAAUAAAGCUACAGGCUCUAGAGAAAGUGGCCGCGAUAAUACCGAAGAUUUGCUUGAUCUCAAAGGGAAGGUCGAAUCUAGGCUCUUGUCGAUGUGGAACAAUGUAAAAUUUGGUUGGACUGUCAAAAUGAAGACAAGCUUUUCUAAAGAAUCCCCUGUAUGGCUUCUAGGACGCUGUUACCACCGAAAAUUAAGUCCCACUGGUUCUUUGGAAUCUUCUACUGAAAUAGGCACAGAGGCUACAGCUCUUCAACCUAUGGAGCAAAUAUAUGGAGAAGGUAUAGAAGGGUUUAAAUCCGAUUUUAUCAGUAGAAUAUGGAUGACAUAUCGCAGAGAAUUUCCAACAAUGUCAGGCUCAACAUUUACAACAGACUGUGGUUGGGGGUGCAUGCUCCGCAGUGGACAGAUGUUACUAGCACAAGCAUUAGUUUGUCACUUUCUUGGUCGUUCAUGGAGAUGGGCUCCAGAUAAAUCAAUACAAAAUGCAAGAGAAUUUCAAGAAGAUUGUCUACAUCGUAUGAUUAUUAAAUGGUUUGGUGAUAAAUCAUCUGUAAAUAGCCCCUUGUCUAUUCAUCAGAUGGUCAGUUUGGGAGAAACACUUGGCAAGAAACCUGGUGAUUGGUAUGGACCGGCUUCAGUAGCUCAUUGUCUAAAAGCUGUUAUGUCAGCUGCAUCCACUGAAAAUUAUGAAUUUGAUAAUUUAGAGGUUUAUGUUGCUCAAGAUUCUACUGUUUACAUCCAAGACAUAUAUUCUCUUUGUGGGAUGCCAAAUGGAGCUUGGAAAUCAUUGAUACUAUUAGUACCUGUUAAAUUAGGCUCUGAUAAGUUUAACCCUAUUUAUGGACCUUGCCUCACUUCUUUAUUGACUCUAGAUUUCUGUAUUGGGAUCAUCGGUGGCAGGCCCAAACAUUCAUUAUAUUUUGUUGGUUAUCAAGAUGAUAGAUUAAUUCACUUGGAUCCACAUUAUUGCCAAGAAAUGGUAGAUGUUUGGCAACCCAAUUUUUCAUUACAAUCUUUUCACUGCCGUUCUCCACGUAAAAUGCCACUGAAUAAAGUGGACCCUUCAUGUUGCAUUGGUUUCUAUCUAGCUACACAGAAUGACUUUGAAACUUAUGUGAAUAUAAUAAUGUCAUUCCUAGUCCCACAAGGUGUAUCUGCAAACUUUGAGUAUCCUAUUUUCACUCUUAAUAAUGGUUCUAGUAGCAGUGUUAUAGAUCCUCCAAACAUUAGGUAUUCUAUUUACGAAACUGAGCAAAACUGGGUGACUCCUAACACACAAGAUUGUGAUACUGACAUGGAGUCAGAGGAAUUUGUGCUAAUUUAAAAUUAUGGCUGUUAUCUACUUUAUGAGUGUUAUUAUUAUUUAUCAAAUUGUUUUCUCUGAUCUUUAGUGAAAAUGUGUAAAUCAAACCCCUUCAGGCUAUUGCCUAUCUUUUUACAUCAGUCUUAUCAUAGUCUCAUAUGACAAACCAAUUAUUGUAUUUACUUACUAGUGUAAAAUAAAAAAUAUUCAUGCUUAAUUUUGAUAUAAAUAUAAUUAGAAAUAACAUUUUCAUAUGUAAAUGUAUGUAAUAUCUUUUAUUCCAAAUGUUUUGGAAAAGAAUGUAAAAAUCCAAAUAAGGCUAUUGAGAAAUAUGAAAUAGGCUUUGUUUAAAGCUCAAUGAUCUCUGUUUAAUAUAGAACUAACUGCAGGGUAAAUGCAAUUUCUAUGGAUACAUGUAAUGGACAUAUUGUACUUAAUUUUGGGCCUUCAGAAUAUGAAAAGUAAAAGUAUUGUAACACUAUUAUUAAAAAGAAUAAAAGCAUUCUCUGUAUGAAAA